AUGGCGGGCCGAGACGAAGACGAGGUCAAUAUGGAAGAAGCUAUCGAGGACUUUCUGCAGGAACCAGGAGUAAGUUCAGAUGAUCUUGCCUUCUCGUUUAAAUUGAUCAGUAAGGAAUUGAAAAGGAUGGACUUUCUUUUGAAACAAAUACCACGGAUCGUGAACGAGAAGGUGAGAGAGCAUAAAGUUUCUGGUCGGUACAAAGAGAAACAUGCGGAGAUAGUAAGGAGAGAAGUGGAUAAGAUAUGCGAAGAAGUGGAGAUGUUGGCAAGUAAUUGUAAGACCACAACCGUGAUCAAACGGGAAAUAUUUGAGGUUUUGCACAUAAGAGGAAUAGAAACAGAGGAGGAUUGGGAGCAGUACAUCUGCACCAUAGAGAAGGAUGGUGAAAUUCUAUCAACAGUAUGUGAAGAAUUAAACACAGAUGCGUUGCAGGUGGUGAAGGUCGCAAAGGAACUUAAGAAGGCGGACGCCCCGCGAUAUACUGAUGUGGAUAAUGGAAAGGAUAGCAAUGGUGAGUGUGCUGACAGUAAGAAUACGGCUUGCGAUGGAGAAAGAGAUAAUCUGGUUUUACAGUCAGCACCGGCGCUGCGGAUUGGAGCACCUUACGACAACAAGGAGGAUUCGAACGUUGGAAAGGUUUCAAGAAGCACCGACGUCAGGGAAACAAGAAAGGAGGAUAAGGAGAUAACGAAGCAGGGUUAUCUCGAGAAGGGGUCAGGAAAUCCUCACAACCACCCUCCGAGAAUACCAGAACGGAGAUCAUCUGGCGGGCCCUGCGGAGAGGAAGUACGGCGAUAG